AUCAUUACUUUACCGUAUGUGCAUGCAGGAGUAAAAAAUGACUCCCCAAAAAUUCAGUCUCCUCUGGGCUUUCAACCUGACCCCCAGGGCUUUUAAAACUAGAAGAUUGGGUUGUCGUCUUGUUUGCUUCAUUGCGCCGCCCUGUUCUUGCGAGUCUUGCUUUCAGUCGUCUCUAGAUCUUUCUUCUCGCGUAGAGGGUCUUGGUAGAUCCUAGAGUUGCCCCUCAGCAAUGCCGCGGCCAGCCAAGGAUGAAUUGCUGCGCUGCGGAUUCAUGGGAAGAGAAAGAAAGGGGCAAAAUCGACCGCGUCAGGCAUUGCGGGAAUCGCUUUGGUGUAGAGGCUCUUUUGAUCUACAUCCACUUGAACGCCCCGCAAACAAAAGAGACGAGAGAACGAAUUCACGCAUUCGUUCUUUCUCCUGUGUUCUUGGUUCGCUCUUUUGUCGGUCACGCCCUCGGGAUUCGAGCCCGCGACCUGUGGAACCUUAACGGCCAUUCCUGACCUAAUGAAAGCAAAUUAAAAGAAUUUUUGGGAGGGAAGAAGGGCGGCGAUGGAGGAGCGUCCUUGCUCCUCGUCGGAGGAGCUCCUGCCCCGCCCACUCACAAGGCUGCGCACGCGCUUCCCAUCGCCGCCGCCAUCGCCGCUGCUGUUGCCGCUAGCUCCAUCGCCGCCACCGGAAUCUCCCACGCGGCUCGCAGCUCCACUGGCAAUGUGGGAGAGGGAAGAGCUCGGGGGCGCGUUCAGCGAUGGAUCUCUCCCCCAGCCUGGGAGCGUGGAGAGCUCGCUGCCGCGAUUAGGUCAAUUGCUGGGCGUGCAGAGGAUUAGGGCUUGCGAGGAGGCGGGAGCGAUCCUCCCCGCCGCGAUCCGGCGCGUGUCGUGGGGCGAUCACAGGCGCGAGCUCUUUGCUUGCGAGGAUUCUCCGGGCAAGGUGUGUUCGCGCUUCCUCCCCAUUUGCUGCCCUUCCUCCUCGCCAUCGCCAUCUUCUUCCCCAAGAAAUGCCGCCACUGGAAGAGAAGAAUGCGAUGGCAGCAAGGAACCCGGAUGGACAUGGAAGGCCGCCAACGAUCCAGACGAGGUGGCUCUCGCCAAUCUUUUCUCGCGGGAGGAGGAAGAACACGAGAGCCAAGGCGGCGGCGAUGGCGGCAAUGACUCGGCGGUCUCGGUGUGUAGCAGCGGCGGGGGAUGGAAGGCCGACUUUUCCAGCCACUUCAAAUCCAAUUCCUCCUCCAGUCCCGCCGUCCCACCGCUCGCCAGGAUCACCAGCGCCACCUCGUCGCCAUCUUCAACCAGCUCGCCGCUACUCCCUCGAGCCGCGACGUCCUCCUCGCCCAAGAAAUCCCCCAAGGUCGUCCCCGCCGCCGCUACUUCUCCAAAGAAGACAGAGUCUCCUUCCGCCAUGCCGGGACCUCCAAACAUCCGGUCCGCCAUCCCAACUCCUCGCAGCGCUACUCAAGCAAUGCCGCGCGACCAGAGCUCCUCCAAGCACAUGAAGAACGCCGCCGCUGCCUCCGCCUCCCCGGACACUGCCACCGACAAGAGCUCCGACGGUGCGUGCUCCGAGCACCGGAUCAUGGACUGUAGCUGCUGCGGUCGAAAGGACAAGAGCCACCUUUCCAUCCAAGCCGGCGUAGAGAGGGAGCUCCACGUCGAGGGGCCGGUUCGCAAGAGGCUGCCGACAACGACGCUGCUAACCGGGCCCCCGGGAAGAAAGCCACCUAUGCGGUUCGGCCUCGGCCCAGCCAAGUCGGAGUUUCUCAACCGAGCCGCUGCCAUGAACAACGCCGCGGCCAAGGCCCGGUUUACCGUCCUGCCUGUUGUGACUUUGUCCAAGGCGAGCAAGCAACAAGCUCCGCAGCCACGCCGGGAGCGCCCGCUGCGCUCCAGUAGAUUGAAUCCGGAAUUUAAAGGUGGCUGGGCUCCGAAGUGCUCGUCGGUUUUGCCAAGGCCGCAUAGUUGUCAGAGCCAUCGCAGCCAUGACCGCAGCCAUGACCACAGCCACAGCCACGGCAGAUCUGUUCCAAGUCCUCCAGAGCUGGACCUUGCCACCCCGUCACUCAACUCCACGGCCCGUUUGAUGGAGAGGCUGGAGGAAGCCAAGCGGGAGAAGUUUGAUCCGAGAGCCGUGCUCGAGCAGCAGCAGCAGCAGCAGCAGCUCCACCAGCACCAAUACCACCACGAUCACGAUCACGGGCAUUGUUCCGAUGCAAAGCUCGCCGAGAGGUACAAGGACCUGUGCAAGAUAUCAGAUGGUUCAUCUCCAAGCCAUCCGAGAGUUCCAAGGAAACACAGAAGGGAGCGUGUAUCGUCUUUGAAUUUCAAGAAGCCCGAGAUGUCAGAUCUCUGGGUUCCCUCUGAACAGUGCCCCCAGGUCUGUUCGACUGCACCAAUUCGGAUAGAGCCACCUUACUGGUUAAAUGCGGACAAAGCAGCACGGGAUGCCAGCGCCAAAGAAGCCGAGCGAGAAGUGUUCCAAAGCUCUCGCAAUGCCAUGUCUCUAUAUGGAUUCCCAUGUCUGUUUUAAGCGACCAUCAGUUUUGCCGGAGAGAGGACAUCGAAAGGAAGUUUAUACUGACCUUCAAGGCGCGAAGAGUGACAAGGUCCUUCCACACACGAUGACGAUCAUCUCCGGGCUUGCGAGCUGGCUCCCUCCUGCAAGAAGUUUCACGGUGCAAAUUAAAAAAAGAAAAAGAAUGAGGAAACAAACCUCCGAAUGGCCCAGCUCCGCACCAAAAGAAAGAGUCGAUAAACUGGCCUCCGUUGACACAAAAAGAAAAUGCUUUAUUGAAAGUACCUUACUUUUA